AACACAAAAAACAACAUGCUUGUCCUCAAGACUUUGUCCCACGGAUCUCUCCGGAUAUGCCUCAUUCGCUGCCCGGAAUCGAAGAUCGCGGACUUCCGGGGACCGAUUUUUCGAACGUUUGGAAUCGGCGGCACCCUCAACAACCCCCAACAAUGUCUCACCCAAAUCGUUUAGGAAACAAAAAUAAUGUGAAAGAACAAAAACAUCUGUUUUGACAGACAAUCCCUUUAAAGUUAUUUGGUUCUAAAUUUCAGAGUAAAUUUCAAUACACAGAAACAAAAAUGCGGCAGUGCAAGAAGGAGCUAACCGACGUGUGGCGAGCCCUGAAUAAAAUAAGAGCAGCAGUUUUCCGGGUCAACUUAGAUCUAUGGAAAUACUUCAAACCUCUUGAUCCAGAAGGCAACAAUCUCACAUCAGAAUCCAACUUUGUUGGCGUCUUGUCUGGAGUACUGCGCGGGGAGAUCGGACUAUCAGACCAGGAAAUAGCAGAGAUCACUGACUACUUUAGAGUUCAGGAUGGACGCAUAUUUUAUGGCCAGUUUUGUUCAGUUAUUCAUGACAAUGUGCCGGACUUUGAGAAGAACCUCCCGCUGGUUUCUGGACACGAAUGGGAAGACCCCUUUCACGUCAACGCACUCAGUGUCACAGAGGAACGAAGACUUAAGAUACUUCUUACAAAGAUAGCAACAGCUGUAAACAUGAGGAAGCUUGUGCUCCGACCCUACUUCCAAGACUAUGAACUGCUUACGAAGAACGAGGGCGUGGUGACGGUGAGCCACUUCGCGCGCAUCCUGGCGCACCUGCGGCUCCUCGUGGCCGACGUGGACUUCCACCUGCUGCUCAAGAAGUUCAUGAAGUCGAGCUACACGGUCAACUACGUCGCCUUCCUGGAGGUCAUCGACCGCAUCACCAAGACGCUCACGGAGCAGCAGAUGCUGGACGUCGGCGGCGACCUCAUCGCGCGCUUCCCGACGCGCUGCAUCACCGCCGCGCUGCCCAAGCUGCCGCGGCCCGAGGUGGGCCACAUCGCGCUGGACACGGUGUUCGGGCCGCAGGCCAUCUUCCACCCCGUGUCCAAGCCGCCCGCGGACCGCGAGUCGCUGCACCGCGUGCUGCGCCGCAUCCAGCAGUACGUGUGGCGCCACCGCAUCAGGGUCGCCGAGUUCUUCAAGGACUUCGACCCCCUGCGUAGCGGCCGGGUGACGAAGGAGCAGUUCAGGCGCUGCCUGGACGCCAUGGGGCUGGCCGGCACGCAGAGGCUGUACCUCGCCGAGCCGGACAUCGAGAUAGUCACCAUCAUGUACACCGACCCCAAUGACGAGCAGCGCGUCAUCCACACCGCCUUCACGGACGACAUCGAGCACGUGUUCUCGGCACGAACCCUGGAGAAGACCCCCACGUUCGAGGUGGACUCUCCGGGCCAGGAGGUGCGGGAUGUGGAGCCUCCCGGUCGACUGCCCUGGCUCAAGGCGUGCGUGCGCGUCGUGGACCUCUGCGAGGACGCCGUCGAGCAGCUCAAGCACCGCGUCCGGAAGAGGCGCAUCAACUUGAGGCCCAUUUUCCACGACUACGAUCCAUUGAACAAAGGCCACGUGACCAGGGCCCAGUUCCGCCAGUGCUUGGUGUUCAACUCGUUGCUGCCGCCAAAAGAACAUCUGUAUGCUUUGGAGCAGCGGUUCAGUGAUGAUAUGGGGGUGGAUUACUACAGACUCCUGCGAGAAGUGGAGCCUGGAACACUGGAAGAGCCACUGUACAAUGACUUCUUCGAAAACCGUAAGUUAGUGAAUUGGAAAGAGUGGAACGACCAUCCAGAACGCCGCGAGAAAGACAUAGUUUGGAUACUUGCAAAGAUAAAGGCCAAGGUUGUGCGAGAAAGAGUCCGAAUUAAGGAUGCAUUGCACGAUUAUGACAACUUCAACCACUCAGUUAUCAUGAAAGAGGACUUUGAACGGGUCCUGAAUGUCUUAAAUUUUGGCCUCACAAAAACAGAGAUUGCAACACUGUGUGAUGUUUUCGGAGCAGUGAAGAGACCUGGAUGGGUGGACUAUGUUCGAUUCAAUGCUGUUGUGGAUGAAGCACUCACAGUGGACGAACUGCAGAGAGCUCCUCUCAUAACACCUCUGCAACACGUCCCUCCGAAUGAAACAAAUAGGAACUUCAUGAACUAUGAAGAAAGGGCCCUUGCAGGACGCGCAUUGGAAAAACUAGCUAGGAAACCUCACCAGAACUUGGAGGACAUAUUCAAGGAUUACGAUCAUGAAAACAUUGGAUCAGUGACACAAGAGCAGUUUACCAAAGCACUGGCCUUACGAAACAUGUUGACUCUCCUGUCAAUGCCGGAAUUGGCAGCGGUUCAGAAAUCCUUUGGAGUUGAGCGAGGACUGAGGGAUGAAGUUGACUACCGUGCAUUCAAGAAGGCACUUGAUAUAAUCUUUGCAAACAACAAAAGGAGACCCGUGUAAUGAUAAAUAUGAAAUUAUUUUCAACAGAAAUUAAACAAACCUACGAGCAUUGAAUAAAUUUAAUGUGUUGCGUGAAACCAGAAAAUAUGUACAUUAUUAUCAGCCCGGCUAAAAUUUACAAUAAUUGUAUUUAAUUACAAAAUCUAAGAACGGCUUGGGGGUUCAUAAUCAUCUGGGGGGACUCCAAGUUCCUCGUCAGUCCACUUAGA